AUGUCUCACAGAGUCAAUACCAAGUUGGAGCAGUUUUGCACGGAAAAGCUACUGCAAAACAAACGACGCCUCACCACAUUGUAUGGUCGUCAACGAGAGAUUCGACUAUUGGAAACCAAGUUGAAUCAGAUUUGCAAGACCAAUAGUCACCACCGCUCGCUCUGUCUGAUUCGUGGACUUAGUGGAGAAGGCAAGACUGCCUUGGCUCUGUCGCUCAAGGAUCCUGCCAAGCAUCAAGGGGCCUUUUUUGUACAGGGCAAGUUUGACUUGGCACAGAUUGGAGAACCCUAUUCUGGAAUCAAGGCGGCCAUGCGACAGUUAUGCCGGGAAAUCACCCAAUUGCCACGACGAAAGUUAUGUGAUCCAAGCAAAAUGCCAACUCUGGAUGAUCUCAAGAAGCCGUGGCAGAGCAGUUGGAUUGGGAAAUGGAUCUCCUCUGUCAGGUUGUGCCAGAAUUGA